CAUCCCCUUCAUGCAGUCUGUCCUCAGGCACGUUCCAGAAAGGUCAGGAAGGUGGGUUCACAGAAGUUGGGGAAGACAGCCUUCUGGACAGUUUGGAGCUGCUGAGCUAUACUUAUCUUCCCUCUGCAGCCAGAGCACUGUUUGCAGAUGUGCAUUAGAUGCGACAACCAAAAGCCAGCAUGUUUUCUACUUGACAAGUGGCUGCUGUCCUUGGGUUGUCUUCUUGUCCUUAGGACAAGGGCAUCAGGAUAGCUUUCCUUUUGUCUAGUGAUGGGGGCAGGGAGAGAUCUCUUAGUUCCUCUUCCCCGUGGGUGCUGGUGUCCCCAUGACUUCAGCUGAGUGCCACUCAGGAUGGCAGAAAUACUGACUGGCCUGAACUGGCUUCGUGAUGGGAGCAGAGCAGAUGCCAGGCCACAAGGGACUCGGAGCAGAGUCUGUUAAGCCUUUAUGCUAUCCCUGGAGAGCCAGGGAAGAACCCUUGCCCAGCCCAGCCAGGACUCUGAACUUGGCCCCGGGGUGGCAAUCCUCUUGGUUCUGUUGUACUGUUUAGCAUGCACGGCCUUUCUGGAAAGGAUGGAUAGGGUCCUGAGAUAGUCCUUGUCCUCCUCUUCCCUAAGUAUAUGAGGAGGAAUAGGGCCAAGCAAGCCCCAGGACAUAUUGUUGACUCUCAGUGUGCUGUGGGCAGAAGGUGUGUGUGACGGCUGGAAGGGGAGACUCCCCUGAGAAAGUAUUGGCAAGCUUCCUGUCUUCUAACUACCUAGAGAUUGUCACCCUUGGACACUGGAAGCUGGAACCCCAGGACUGACCAUACACUCUGGCCUUUGCUGUCGUACCUCCUGAGACCUAGCUGUGCUGGCUGGACACCAGCCAGAGGACUGAGGGCAGCCAGCAUGGAAGAAGAGCAGAGGCUCCCGGGGGCUGCCAGGGGCUUGCUGCUGAUUGGCCCUGCCUUCCAUUCUCCUAGGCAGGGUGCCAGAAAGCUGGAACUUUGUUAUCUGGGUAAUUAGCUUCAGACCCUGGACUGAGGCCGGCCAGGUCUUAGGGCUACUUCCCACAGGCUGUGCACCCUGACCCCAAGAGGGAGGCGAGGCACUGUAUACAGAGGCCCUGCCAGCUGAGCAGUUAAAGUGUCAGUUCUGCUUGGGGAACAAUUGCAGCCACCCCACACACACCUUCCACCCCACCCCCUACCACACUGCCCUCCCUGCCUAGGCUCUGCCCCUUAGGGCAGCUGGGCCUGGUCAUAGUGUGGGGCCUUCCAUUUCAGCCUUGUCAGGAACAGAGGGCACCAAGUCUUAGGAAGGGGAUGCCCCCAAGGGUGCCAGUCCAGCCAGCUGCCCCACCCUUCAGGCUUGUCCUGCCCCCCCAAAUCCAAAUUGUGGUACCCCAAUCAACCCUGUGGGCAGACAUCCACCACCAUGGCCGAGCACUUGGAGCUGCUGGCAGAGAUGCCCAUGGUAGGCAGGAUGAGCACCCAGGAACGGCUGAAGCAUGCCCAGAAGCGACGUGCCCAGCAGGUAAAGAUGUGGGCCCAGGCUGAGAAGGAGGCCCUUGGCAAGAAGGGUCACAAGGAGCGACCACGGAAGGAGGUGUCUGACCUAAAGCCUCGGAAGCAGGUCCUCUUCCCUCCCAGCAUUGCUCUUCUGGAGGCUGCUGCCCGAAACGACCUGGAGGAAGUUCGCCAGUUCCUUAGUAGUGGGGUUAGCCCCAACCUGGCCAAUGAGGAUGGCUUGACGGCACUGCACCAGUGCUGCAUUGAUGACUUCCGAGAGAUGGCACAGCAGCUCCUGGAGGCUGGGGCUGAUGUCAAUGCUCGGGACAGUGAGUGCUGGACACCUCUGCAUGCUGCAGCUACCUGCGGCCAUCUGCAUCUGGUGGAACUCCUCAUUUCACGUGGCGCAGAGCUCCUUGCAGUCAACACCGACGGGAACAUGCCCUACGACCUGUGUGAGGAUGAGCAGACACUGGAUUGCCUUGAGACUGCCAUGGCCAAUCAUGGUAUCACCCAGGACAGCAUUGAGGAGGCCCGGGCAGUGCCAGAGCUGUGCAUGUUGAAUGACCUCCAGAGUCUACUGCGCACUGGGGCCAACCUCAAUGACCCUUUGGACCAUGGGGCCACGCUGCUGCACAUCGCCUCUGCUAAUGGGUUCAGUGAGGUGGCUACCCUGCUGCUGGAGCAAGGAGCCAGCCUGAGCGCUAAGGAUCAUGAUGGCUGGGAGCCUCUGCAUGCCGCAGCCUACUGGGGCCAGGUGCACCUGGUAGAAUUGCUUGUGGCACAUGGGGCUGAUCUGAAUGGAAAAUCCUUGGUGGACGAGACACCCCUCGAUGUGUGUGGGGAUGAGGAGGUGAGAGCCAAAUUGCUAGAGCUCAAGCAUAAACAAGAUGCGCUCCUGCGGGCCCAGGGCCGACAGCGCUCCCUUCUGCGCCGGCGCACCUCUAGUGCAGGCAGCCGUGGAAAAGUGGUGAGGCGGGUGAGCCUGACGCAUCGCACCAACUUGUAUCGCAAGGAGCAUGCGCAGGAGGCCAUCGUGUGGCAACAGUCACCACUCACCAGUCCAGAGCCGCUGGAGGAUGAGGACAGACAGACAGAUGCUGAGCUCCGGCUGCAGCCCCCAGAGGAAGACAGCUCUGAGGUGGCCAGACCACACAAUGGCCAAGUAGGGGCCCCGCAAGGGAAGCACCUGUACUCGAAGCGUCUAGACCGGAGUGUCUCCUACCAGUUUAGUCCUGCGGAGAGCAGCGCCCCUGAUGCCCUCGUCCGAGACAAAGCGCACCACACACUGGCAGAACUUAAACGCCAGCGCGCAGCUGCGAAGCUGCAGCGACCUGCCCCCGAAGGGCCCGAGACCUUUGAGUCUGACCUGUCUGUUGACACUGAGACUCCCCAGCUGGACUGUGGCUUCAGAAUAACUGGGGACCCACCUCUGCUCAAGCUCACUGCCCCCUCGGAGGAGGCUCCUGUGGAGAAGAGGCCAUGCUGUUUGCUCAUGUGAAAUGUGACUCCUCAGUAUGGCAGGGUUCAACCCCAUGCCCAGCCAGAGGCUUCCUCAUGAUCUCUGGCCUGGUGGCCCACUCCAGCACAUGCCCCAGUGCUGUAGGGGAGCCAGCUCAGAGCCCUGUACCCCCUUUCAGCCCAGGACACUGGCCACCUUGCUCAGGGAUGGACUAUGCAGAGCUAGCUGUACCUGUGGGCCUCAGGCCACAGGCUGCUUAUCCUGUGACUCUUGAUAAAGGCUGUUUGCCACUGA